UUCGCAACACAUCCAUUAUCUUUCACUGUGAUAAGAGGUCAAAGAAAGGACAUGAUUGUCGGUUGAUGGUACGCCAAAUAAAUGUGGAAAAUUGCUGUCGAAUUUGUUUAAAUUCUAAAGAUUUACGAUCACUCUUUGGAUAUAAUAAGAAAAAAAUUAUGACGUUAUCGGAUAUGGUAAUGGAGUGCACAUCAAUUCAUGUUGCCGAAAACGACAGUUUCCCACAAAAAAUUUGCCAAAAAUGUGUUUAUGAAGUGAAUAAAUUCUAUAAAUUUCGUCAACUUGCCAAAGACACAGAUUUAAAACUUCAAGAAAAAUUGAAAAGCGAAUUGAAUGAAGAACACAAGAAACUUGUAAACUUUGAAGAGGAUUGCUUUAAGAUCGACUUUUCACCUAAACAUUCCAGUAAUGAGAGUAUAUUUGAACUUAGAACGACUGAUAAUGUUAAAAAUUUUAACGAGACUGAUGAAAAAUACAUUAAGAAUGACAUUAAGAAUGAAGCUCCAGAAUUUUCCCCAAGAUGUUCGGAUAUGGAAAAUGAUAUUGAUACAUUUGCUACGCUUGAAAAACAAUCUUUGUUAGAACGUAAAUUAUCGAAAAGAAUUUUAAGAAAAACUAAAUUACGAAAGAAAGUACGUGUUAGAAGAGUAGAAAAUGAAUCGUUGGGUAAUACAACUAUUGAAGCCAAGAAACAAUUAAAAAACAAACAAUGUGAUACUUGUGGUAAAAGAUUGAGUUGUCGAACUAAUUUGAUUCUACAUAUGCGUAAACAUACUGGUGAAAAACCAUUUCCUUGUGACGUUUGUGGGAAAUGUUUUGCACGUGUUGAACAUGUUACAAUACAUAAGCGUACACAUACAGGAGAAAGACCUUUUAAAUGUACAAUUUGUUCAAAAGAUUUUAUACAACAUGGUACUUUAAUGACACAUUUACGAACACAUACAGGUGAAAGGCCGCAUACAUGUAAUGUUUGUGGAAAAUCAUUUACACAGAGUAUAACAUUAAAAUAUCAUAUGCGUACACAUACUGGUGAAACUCCAUUUAAAUGUGAAAUUUGUAAAAAGGGAUUUAUUCAUUCUGGAAAUUUAAAUAUACAUAUGAGAUUUCAUAGUGGCGAACGGCCACACGAAUGUACAAUCUGUUCUCAACGAUUUGUUACACGUAGUCAUUUAAGCGUUCAUUACAAAUGUCAUAGAGGAGAGAAAAAUCAUGUAUGUACUGUAUGUAAUAAAGCGUUUAUACGAAAAGAGCAUUUACGCGAUCACCUACUAAUCCAUACUGGAGAUCGACCACAUGAAUGUACAUAUUGCCAGAAGAAAUAUAUACAACGUAGUCAUUUAACUAGACACCUGAAAUUACAUAAACAAACUAAAAAUGAAAAAGAAAAGUUAGAAAAUAUUGAGAAUCAGUAAUUCUUCCAUUAUAAAAUGUAUAUGAUCUCAAGCUCUCUCUGUGCUUUUCGUCAAACUAUACGAACAAAAAAAGAUAAAGAAGAGAUGUUAAUCACUUCACAGAUUUCAAGCAUGGAGAACAUGAAAGUAUCAAGUGGAGCAGGCCAAUAAUUGGCUUUAAAAACUUCGAUGAGUUUAGAUGAUGGCUAGCUUAUUUUAGAAUAAAUAAAAUUCAUUGUCAUCGGCAUUUAUCACAGAAAAUGAACGUCGGUUCAUAAAUUUAUUUUGUAUACAAAAUUUUAAAAUAAAAUUAUUUUUUGA